AUGAGCAAUAAAAGAUUAAGCAAUUCAUCUCAAUAAUAGCAACAAUAAAAAAAACCAAAUUUUAAUGAUUAACCAACUGUAAUUCCAACAAAAGAGGAUGAUAAAAAGAGUUUGAAUGGUAGUUAAAUAAACGAUUCUCAAGAUGGAAAUUAAAAAUAAUAACAAUCAAAAUUUGAUCUUCCAUAAAUUCCUAAAUUUUAGAGUCUACCUUUAAGAGAUUAUUUUGACAAUAAAUUAAGUGCAAUAUUAUUGGAAGGAUUGAAAGAAGUUGGAAGAUAGAGGUAUUAUUUUUGAAUUAUAUAAAUUUUAGACCUGAAAAUCCGAUUAGAUUUUUAGGAGAAUAUUUACUUGAAUAGGAUAAAUAAAAAUGAA